AGCAGUGCGUUUUAGCUUUGCUAGCAUCUGUAGAAACUACAAGUCCAAUGAAGCCGUGCAGCGAGCGUGUUUUUACAGGAAGUCUCGCAGGCAGAGCGUCAGUGUGUCAUCCGGUUGGGGAGUGGAGGGCUGAAAACAAGCUUUCGGGAACAAAUACUGAGUUAAAUUAAAUCAAUGCACGAACGCUGAGCGUCUUCUUGGCUGCUUGAAGAACGAUGCGGUGAAUAAAAGAAACCGGAAGCGAGUCAUCUAUAAUAAGCCAGCCAUCAGUCCCAGCCUGCACUGUCAAUCUUCCAUCCAGGGCGCGGCCAUGAAUAAACAACAAAGUAAGGAGAGUCUCAAGGAGAAGGUCAAGGGGAUCUUUGGACUCGGGACUUCUCGGCCGCAGACCAAGCCGUGUGACAACAAGCUUCCAGAAUUUAUUAUAACACCAGAGCUCAUAAAGGACCUCCAACCAGAUUGUGGCUUGAACAAUCGAAUUCGAGUGAUUGGCCAAAUAUGUGAACUAGCAAAAAUGAAAAAAUUUGAGGAGCACGCCGUGGAGGCUGUGUGGAAAGCUGUGGAGGACAUGCUGACCCCAGAGCAGCCACCAGAGGCCAGGCAUGCUGUCCUGCUGCUCCUUAGAGCCAUCAUACAGGGACAGGGCGAAUGGCUCGGUCAUCUGAGAGCUCACUUCUUUAAAGUGAUCAGAGAUUACCAACCAAGCAACGAGGACCUCUCGGAAAGACUGGAAGUGUUCAAAGCUUUAACUGAAAACGGGAAGGACAUCACGUACCUGGAGGAGGACAUAGCACCUUUUGUCCUCCUGUGGAUGGACAUAGGUCUCACCUCUGACUUUCUCCAUGUUUUGGUCAAUCUGGUGAAGUUCAACAGCUGCUACCUGGACCAGAAUGUCUCCGUCAUGGUCCAGAAAAUCUGUCUGCUGUGCAACAGAACAACAUCGUCCACAGAUAUUGAGGUGGCUCUUCAGGUCUUGGAUGCUGUUGUUUGCUACAACUGUCUGCCCUCAGAGUCCCUCACCAUUUUCAUCAUAACACUAUGUCGUACGGUUAAUGUGAAGGAGUUUUGUGAGUCCUGCUGGAAGUUGAUGAGGAAGGUUUUGGGGACUCAUCUCGGCCACAGCGCUAUUUACACAAUGUGUCGCAUCAUGGAGGAAAGGGUGUACAUGGAGGACGCACCGCUGCUGAGAGGAGCGGUAUUCUUUGUUGGGAUGGCGCUGUGGGGCGCACACAGACUCCCUGCCCUGAAAAACACACCAACACUUGUUCUGCCAUCUUUUUACAAGGCCAUGUCUUGUGCCAACGAGGUGGUGUCUUAUGAAAUCGUCCUCUCCAUCACCAGACUGAUCAAAAAAUAUGGCAAAGAAUUGCAGGUGGUCACAUGGGACAUCCUGCUGGGCAUCAUAGAGCGACUGCUGCAGCAGAUCCAGACGAUCGGCAGUGCAGAGCUGAAGGCUAUUGUCUAUGAACUCCUGACUACAGUGGAGGAGCUGUUUGAGCAGAACAGCUACCACGGAUCCACAGAGAAGUUCUUCAGUCUGGUGGAGAAAUGUGCCGACAAGAGACCGGACGCGUCGGUCCUGACCCUCAUCUCAUACCGAGCUCAGUCUAUCCAGCCAGCCAAGGACGGCUGGAUUCAGAGCCUUCACCGCCUCAUGGAGAAGUUUUUUAAGAACGAGACCCGCAGUGUGAUAAGGAUCAAAGUGCUUCAUAUCCUGUCCUUCGUUCUCAGCACCAACAGACAGCUUUAUGAGGAUGAGCUGAUUGAAAUGGUUGUGAUCCCUCAGCUGAGUGGGAUUGCUGAAGAUAAGGAUCUGGCUGUCAGAAAGCAGGCCACCCAGCUUUUGGUGGACCUCGCUGAGGGCUGCAACACACACCACUUCACCAGCCUUCUGGACAUCAUUGAGCGGGUGGCCAGUCGCUCUCUCGUUUGUUCGGGGCCCCUGGAGGUUUCCGAGAGAGACCCCACAGCAGAAUCUCCAAUGGAGGACGUCAAGACUGCGGUACUGGGUCUGCUGGAAAUUCUUCAGAGCAAACUUUACAGCCUCCCAGCCAGCCACGCGAGUCGUGUUUAUGAGCUGCUCAUUAGUCACCUGCAGCUUCACUACAAGAACAAGUACUGUUCAGCCAUCGCCUCCACCGUCAGAUUACAGGUCUUUGAUUUCUUCUUGAUGAUGCGAGCAGACUCUCUGCAUCGCAUCGGCGUUCCCAACAAAGACGGAGCCAUGAGGUUCAGUCCUUACUGCUACUGUGACAUGGGGGAGCCCGAAAAGCGCGUUGGUGAAAAAAAGCAGAUGGGUUCUACAUCUCCUCCUGCUGGGAGUCCUGCUCCACCGGCUGCCCCUCCAGCUUCAGCAGCCUCCAUCCGCUCGGCUUACCUGCCCUACGCACCUGCCUUCAGCGUCCUGCUGCAAUGCCUCAAGAUGGAAACCGAUUGGAAAGUGCUGAAACUCGUUCUUGACAAGCUUCCUUGGAUGCUCCAGUAUAAAGUCCUGCUGCUCACAUCACCAUGCAGCCUAGACCAGCUCUGUUCCACCCUCUGCCUCAUGGUAACGGAUCGUCUGAUCUCAGAGCGUUUGAAAAAGACACCAGAGGGGUUUUCCCGCACAGAUGUUCAGCUGGCUGUAGUUCCCGUCCUAACGGCCAUCACAUCUUACCACAACUACUUGGAGAAGUCGAGACAGAGAGAACUGGUUCAGUGCCUCGAGACCGGCCUAAUUUAUCGAUGUGCCAAGCAGUGUGUGGUGGCUCUUACAAUGUGCACUGUGGAGAUGCCUGAUAUCAUGAUCAAACUCCUCCCUGCGCUCAUCGUCAAGCUAACCCACAUUUCUGCCACCGUUGCCAUGGCAUCUCCGAUGCUCGAAUUCCUCUCCACUCUGGUGCGUUUGCCCCAUCUAUAUGCCAACUUUGUAGCUGAGCAGUACGUCAGCGUGUUUGCCAUCUCGCUGCCCUACACCAACCCCUCUAAGUUUAAUCAGUAUAUCGUGUCUCUGGCCCACCACGUGAUUGCCAUGUGGUUCAUUCGCUGCAGACUCCCCUUCCGCAAGGACUUUGUUCAGUACAUCACAAAGGGUUUGCGUUCCAACGCCCUGCUGCCUUUCGACGACGGGCACGAACAAAGCCCGUUUCGAGCACGAAGCACCAGUCUCAAUGAAAGACCCAAAAGCCUGCGGGCUGCGAAGGUGUCAAAGGCAGCUGCUGUAGCCAAUAGCAGCAGCUCUCCAGUUAAAGAGCUGAGGGACCUGUCAGCCAUGGAUGCUUUCCGCUCCCGCAGCAUCAGCGUCUCCGAACAUGCCAAUCGCAGGAUGCACACUUCAACCACCACCUGCAGUUUGGGAUCAGCUGAUGAAAAUGCUGUAACUCAGGCAGACGAGGGUCUGAAGACCGUCCACCUGGAGCUUACAGAGACUUGUUUAGAUAUGAUGGCACGAUACGUGUUCUCCAACUUCUCUGCCCUGCCCAAGAGGUCUCCCAUUGCAGAGUUCCUAUUAGCCGGCGGUCGCAGUAUGACCUGGCUGGUGGGCAACAAGUUGGUGACCAUAACAACCAGUGGAGGCAUCAGAACACAGGCAUUGCUGGGGCUGGACAUGUCAGAACGUCUGGGAGGAGGAGGAGGAGAAAUGACCAGGUCGGAUCCGUCACUUCACACCCGAAUAACCAAAGAGGCUCCGGCCAAACUGGAGUCCCAGUCCAGCCAGCAGCACAACCGAUCCAACCGGAUACGCGUCCGCUCCAUGUCUGGUGGUCACGCUUUACGCGGCGGUCCGACUCAGAGCCUCAGUCCUCUGGUUUCGCCAUCUGAGGGAGAGUUGGCCACUUCUCUCUCUCCCUCCUCGGGUCCUGCUCUGGACAAUGUUGGACCUCCCUCGUCCAUGGCCUCCUCUGCUCCUCCUCCUCCUCUCAAAGACAACCCAAGCCUGGCUGAGUUUGUCCCGAUGCUCACUCAGGGCUGGGCAGAAAUCUUCAUACGGAGACCUUCAGGUAACACCAGCUGGCUGAUGUGUCUGGAGAACCCCCCCAGUCCCUUCUCCUCUGAGCUCGGCAACAUGCCGCUGCAGGAGCUCUCCACCGUCCUGAUGGCAAUGGAGGGAGUGAAGGAGCCUCCCGCUCAGACAGCCAGCGCUCCCGCCAGCACGGCCGCCCCGGCUCCCACGUCUGUCUCUGAGCCUCUGAGUCAAACGCAGAGCGGCGUUGGAGGGAAGCCGAACCUGAUUCAGUGCUCCAACACUGUGGGCGGCUCCCUCUGGUCUCUGGGUCUGGGCUGUGCCCCCCCAGGCCCCCCAACUCCUGGCAGGUUGCACAGGAGCAUUUCUUGGGCAGACUCUGUAGUGGUGCUAGAGGAAGGGUCAGGGGUUACCACACCACACACCCCUCUGGAGUGGGUGGAGGGUGCAGAGUUUGAGCCGAUGCCCUCCGAGCCCAUUUACAUCUCCACCGACAAGACUCCUCCUCCUGGAACACUCAGCAGAUCCUCCUCCACCUCCAGUCAAGAUGAUGAAAAGUCAACUCUGGAAGAAGUGAGUGAAGGAGCCAUUCCCAUUGACCAGCCCGCUCUGGGUCCCUCCACUCCAGGAAGCCAGGGACCCGAACUUCCUUUUCAGAGCCAGUCCCAGUCUCAAGGUCAUGGACUCAACAAGUCCAGCUCCUCCCCAGAGCUCCAGACACUACCCGAGGCCUUUGCCAAAGCUAACAUGGAGUCUGAGAGUGUUCAGGUGGACGUAUCUCGCCCAAGAGCACCCUCAGAUGGAAAGCCUCAGUCACAGCAGCCCCAUUUUGAAAAGGACAAAGUGGAAGGAAGCACAAGAGGGGAUUUUAAUGUGCUGGGAGGUCAGAACCAAGGAGGAGAAGGUUCAGGCUCAUCAUCUCAGAGUGGAGGAGCAGGGAUGAGGUUGGCUUUCCCAGCUGCCCAAACACAAUCUGGACCCAUCUCUCCCAGUGGAGGGCACCGACCCCGAGGUCACACCAUUUCAGUUUCAGCUCCCUCCUCCAGGAGAGAGCGGAGGACUGAGAGGGACUCUUAUCACAAUCGAUCCGGGCCAAGCAACACUGAGAAAAUGUCUGGACUGAGCCCCAGUUUUGUGUUCCUGCAGCUCUACCACUCUCCUUUCUUUGGUAACGAAGCCAACAAGCCACUGCUGCUGCCUAAAACUCAGGUGAUCGAUCGAGCUGUGAAGGUUCUGGACCAGAUGCCUCCUUAUGACACCCAUAAGAUCGGAGUGGUGUUUGUUGGAGCCGGGCAGGUCAACAACGAGGUUGCCAUCCUGUCAAACGAAUACGGAUCCAACCGCUACGCCGCCUUUCUCACUGGUCUCGGGAAGCUAAUCCACCUCAAGGACUGUGACCCUGACCAGAUCUUUCUCGGAGGACUCGACCAGUAUGGAGAUGAUGGAGAGUUCACCUACUGCUGGCACGACGAUAUCAUGCAGGCCAUCUUCCACAUAGCCACACUGAUGCCAAACCGAGAGAGCGACAAGGGCUGCUGCAACAAAAAACGACACAUCGGCAACGAUUUCGUCAUGGUGGUGUACAACGACUCGGGAGAGGAGUACAAACUGGGAACUAUAAAGGGCCAGUUUAAUUUUGUAGAAGUCAUAAUUAAACCUUUGGAUUAUGAAUGCAACCUCGUUUCCCUUCAGUGCCGUAAAGAUCUCGAGGGUUUAGUCGACACAACGGUGGCGAAGAUCGUUUCAGACCACAACCUUCCCCUCUUAGUGAGACAAAUGGCUCUGCACGCAAACAUGGCUUCUCUGGUGCACCAGUACAGGGCUAACCCCUCGGAUGCGUAUGCCUCCAAGUGGCUUGCAAGAUUACGACACAUCAAGAGGAUCAGAACCCGAGCUCAAGAAGACAUCCAGUCCCGCUCCAAUCCCGGGAUCUCUCUGACCCAAGGACACACUCAGCAGAACAAGUCGUUUCAGCAAACCACGUCAGCGCCAAACGCCGAGCCCUCUGGGCAGAGGAAGAGACUCGUAUCCACAGUGGAUGAUUUCACCGAUUUUGUUUGAUUGUUCUCUGACAGACACACUCACACCCCCCGACCACAGACAGGUGAUGUUUGUGGGUCCGUUAGUGUACGGAAGAAAAGUGAUCAUUAAAAAAAUAUCUGAAACAGCGAA